AUGAUGGCGGCCGCGCUUGAUCAACCAUUACCCGACUCGGUCGCGGGCCCCCCUGCGACCGAGGCAGCUUCGAUCACCCCCCCUCACAGCGUCAACGGCAAGAAGGAAGCCCCCGAAGGCGCGCUCUCCGACCUCUCCGACCUCGAGCUCGAUCCCAAUGCUGGUGGCGGCCCGGAUGCCAUGUCCAUCGAGGCGGAAGAGGAGGAUAUCGAACCGGAUCAUUACUACGGUGGUGGCAAGGUCCCUGUGUUCAAACCGACCAUGGACCAGUUUCGCGAUUUCCAGCACUUCAUCAAGAAGAUCGAGAAGUAUGGUAUGAAGUCGGGGAUUGUCAAGGUCGUUCCUCCAAAAGAAUGGAGCGAUGCCCUACCACCCCUUGACGAUGCAGUCAAGAAGAUCCGCGUCAAGAAUCCGAUCAUGCAGGAAUUCCACGGCUCCCACGGUACCUACACCCAAGCGAACAUCGAGCGACAACGGUCAUACAACCUGCCACAAUGGAAAGGACUAUGCGAAGAAAGCAGCCACCAACCCCCCGCUCGUCGCGGCGAGCGGCGCCGGAACCAAGAGCGAGUCAACCGUGCGGCUCCGGGCCCCAAGGCUCAGACCGGUCGGUCGGAAACACAAAAGCGCCGACCUGGACCAGGGCGCCCGCCGAAGAGAGCGAACCAGGUCAAAGUGAAGGAGGAACCUCAGGCCGAAGAGGGAAUCGACAAGAUUAAGCCCGAAGGGCCCCCAACCCCCGUGUCGCCCGAAUCGAACCCCGUCGAAGCGAAGACAGAGGAGUUGAGCGACGGCGAAUCACUCCCCGCGACGAAGCCCAAGGGGCGACAGCCCAAAUCGGUGACGGCACGGCGAAAGAACAACAAGGGCGACGCGGUGGAUUUUAUCGACGAGGAGGCCUUCAAGGACUUUGAUUAUCGCAUCCACGACCAUGGGGAGUACACUGCCGAACGAUGCGAGGAGCUGGAGACCGCAUACUGGAAGUCGCUCAUGUUCAACAACCCGAUGUACGGGGCGGAUAUGCCGGGCUCCCUGUUCGAUGAGAAUAUCACCCAAACUUGGAAUGUCGCGAAACUGCCCAAUCUGCUGGAUGUUCUCGGUCAGAAGGUGCCCGGAGUGAACACCGCGUAUCUAUACUUGGGCAUGUGGAAAGCAACCUUCGCCUGGCAUCUGGAGGACGUGGAUCUGUACAGUAUCAAUUAUAUCCACUUUGGUGCACCCAAACAGUGGUAUAGUAUCUCGCAGGAGGAUGCUCCCCGUUUCGAACAAGCCAUGAAGAGCAUUUGGACCAGCGAUGCAAAGAACUGCGGUCAAUUUCUCCGUCACAAAACCUACCUGGUGUCGCCGAGUCUCCUCAAAUCCCAAUAUGGCAUUACCGUCAACCGACUAGUUCACUACGAGGGCGAGUUCGUUAUCACCUACCCCUAUGGGUACCAUUCCGGGUACAAUAUCGGAUACAAUUGCGCUGAAUCGGUCAACUUCGCGACGGAACAGUGGUUGGACUACGCUCGCGUGGCCAAGAAGUGUCACUGCGAAGCGGAUAGUGUUUGGAUUGACGUGGACGAGAUCGAGCGCAAGUUGCGUGGCGAAUCAACGCCCGAAUAUUACGGCGAAUUCGAGAGCGAUCUGGAUGAAGUCGAGGGGGCCUCCGAUCUUCUGACUCCCCCGCGCAGCGUUCCGGAAAAGACGUCUACUCGCGGUCGCAAACGGAAGCACGAUGGCGAAACAACCAAGACGAAACGUAUCAAGGCUGGUUUCAACCUGGCGAAGAAACCCUGCCUCCUGUGCCCGAACGAUAUGGACCACGAGGAUCUUCUCCCGACCGAAGAUGGAAAGUCGCAGGUUCAUCGGCGCUGUGCGCUGUAUACCGAGGAGACCACCAUUCUCCGUAACGGGUCCGACCAAGAGACGGUGUGUGACGUGGACAAUAUCCCCAAGGCUCGGAUGGGUCUCAAGUGCCUGUACUGCCGUGAGGUGCGGGGGGCCUGUUUCCAGUGUAGCUUCGGUAAAUGCACGCGGUCCUACCACGCCACCUGUGCAAUCUUGGCUGGUGUGCAAGUAGAGGAAGGCCAGGUCGCGGUGGUCGCAGACGACGGGAACCAGUACUCCAUCCCCAGUGUGGAUCUCAAGUGCAAGUUCCAUCGCCAGAAGCUUCCUGCGUGGAUGGUGGGUCACGACUCGCCCGACAAGGACCGAAAACUGUUGGCGAUGGCGCAGAGGUUGGGACCCCGGGAGCUGGUGCAGUUCCAGGCCGACAAGGAGAUCAGUGGCACCGUGGUGGUGGAGAAUCGACCAGAGGAGCGGGCGGCCCUAGUGAAAGUGCUUCCUCGAGGGGAUGUCAUCGAACUGCCGUACCGGUGGAUGCUGUUUGUGCGCCGGAGCAACUUUGCAGCUCUGGCGCCCGGGAUUGAACCACUGCCAGCGCAUCUGGCGCGCAAGCCCGACAGUCGGAAAGAAGUGGACUCGGCCAUGCCCGUGGCAGGAACACCAUUUGGCGAUGGGCGAUCUCCAUAUCAGUGGGCCGAGUUCGAGACGGUCGAUACGACUAAUCACCACCUAGCCCCACCAUCGUCGGGGCCAGUGGACUUGAACAGGGGUGACCGGGUCUGGUAUUACCUGGGCCAGUCGUCGACCGAGUGUAGGGCUCAGUAUACACACAACCCUAGCGUGUCCGUCCACAACCCGCGGUCGAAUUUCCUAGACAGCGUUAAGUCUCUUGGCGCCGUGAUGGCCCGGCUCCCCUCUUACCCCCACCACGUCCCGCCUCAACCUUCUACUUCUCGGACUAGUCAUAGUCACUAUGCUGCCCCUCCUCCUCCUGUUCCUUCUGUUGUUGUUCCUCACCUCAACCACCUCCGACAAUUCUACCCGCCCAGCCACCCUCACCAUCGCCUUUCGCCUGCUGCCCCCGCUGCUGCCGCCGCCGCCGCCGCCGCUGCUGCUGCUGCUGCUCCCGCCACUACUACUCCCACUACUACCACUACUACCACCACCACCACCGCUGCUGCUGCACCUCUCUCCCGCCCUUCCCUACUGCAGCGCCCUUCUUUUGCCCCUCCUCCUCGUACUUCGUCGACCUCCUCUCCCUCGCCUUCUGUCACCUCCGCCGCCCAUUCUGCGAUGCCGUCGGCCUAUCGAUCCUUGCCCACUCAAUCUGCCCGCCAUGCUCCGUAUCCAUCGAUUGCCAAGUCUCGAUUUCAACACCACCCCCACCAAUCCCAGCAGCAGCAGCACCUCAACCACCAUCACCACCACCAACACCAUACCCCGCAGCCGCAGCAGCAGAGCCACUCCUCCCUCCCGGCGAAUACCUAUGCCAAUGUCCGAGAGCUUAUCGCCCGUCGACGCUUGGUCCAGAUCACCGAACAUGCCAACGUGUUCGCCGGGUACACCAUCGUUAGCCCCGAGCUGGUCGUCGAGACCCUGUUGGGGCCGAUGGGCUCCAUGAUGCCGUCCAAUGGCCUGGAGAAACUGGAGCUGGCCAUGGCCCAACAACGCGUGCAACCACGGGCCGCCGACGGCACCUUGCUGCCGCCGCAACCCCUCAACAUGCGCUCGGAGGAAGUGACUCGGUUGUUGCAGAUGCUUCGGUUCUCGGUGGUGAGUCAUCGGGAUCGGUUGGAUGUGAUCCAGAAAAAGGAGUCGGAGAAUGCCCGGCAGGAGUCGGCCAGUCGGGGCACGGCGUUCUCUGGGCGGAUGCCACGCAAGUAUGCCUUCCUGGAACAGCAGCAGGAGCAGACGCCGACCGUCUACCAGUCCCCCUACGACAUGCCGUCCGGGUUCACGGAAUACGCACAGAAGACCUUCGGUCUGACGCCGUGCGAGCCCGAGCUCCCCAAGCCUUCCCUGGCGAACGACUACUUCGCCGGCUUGGCCCCCGAGGACCAGGAGAAAAUCCUGAAGACGUGUGGCAGUUUCGUGCAGCGAGCGAUCGAGCGGUCGGCGAGCCACAGCCGUCAGAGCUCCGCGUCCAACCUCCGCCUCGCGUCGGCUCUCGCCCAACAGACCGAAAACCCCACGAUCGACAUCACGACGGUCGAAGAUCUCCCGUUCACGGGCCUAGACUUCCCGCUUCAUGCCGAUUCGCCCUGCUCUAAUUUCAGCCGGUCGCAUCUGCGGUUCCAGUCCCCCAAUGACUUCCCCAGUCACGGUGGGGAAGUGCAUCAGGACCACCACGAUCUGUUUGGGGACCAACAGGCAAACACCCGGUUCUGGCAGCAUGGGCCGUGGGCCGCUGGGGACGGCAACACGCCAAACGACGAAAUGCGGCCGUUCUUUGGACCACACGAACGCCUCAAGCACGACUAUGCGUCAUCCGACAUCUCGUUGGGGCGUGGUCCAGGCUCUCUACAUUCCGUUGAUAUGGCCGGGUUCGGGCUAGACGGGAACGACGACAUCUGUGCCGUCCUCAGUCCCUGA